AUGGAACAGAUACAAGUAGCAAUGUACGCCAAUAACGAAGCACUCAAUGUUGCUGCAAUGCUCAACCAGCCAAGUCCACCCUUGGGUUCAAAGAAUGUCAAAGCAAUAGUUGACGGAUGGAAAGGGGAGCAGAAAGCUCAGCUUGGACAACUCGCCAUCAGGGGCUAUUUCAAACUAUCAACCUACCACGUCAUAGAUGACAGAAUAAAACGCUACGACACUCCACGAGUCUACGAAUUGCACGAAACCUUUCCAGAUGGCACCAAGGCAUGGAAGGGUAAAGUCGGCAUUCCCAAGACAAGGGCCGAUAUUCAGACCCACAACCUUGCAAAAACAGCAUUGCUGCGAAAUGCAGCCAACGCAGCAAUCCUUAACAUGGCAGCAACCGCUUUGUUUGACAUCAAAACGCUGUUUAAUGGUGAGUUCCAGAAGUACUUUGUCAAGCUGGGCAUCAGCGGCAUGUAUGGUGGUGCGGUUGCAGGGAUCCAAGCCAGGAUUCACCACCCUGUCUUUGGCAACGGCGCCGUGGUGGGCGUAGUUGUCAGCUCAGCUUUCGGUGUGGUAGGACUUGUAAACACCGGAGACUGGGCCCGUUUCGUGAAAAACACUGGCCUCGGUAUUGUUGGCUCUGCCGGAGCCUGGGGAGGGUCACAACUUGGUGCGAUGGAGAACCUCAGUGACUGGCAGCAGGGUGAUCCCAAAGCCUUUGAAGCCUUUAUUGACGGCCUGCGCAAAGCAACAUCAAGCUAA